CACGUAGUGCCUGGUAGUGAGUAGGGGGGAGCAGCAGCAGCAGGAGGAAGGAGAAGGAGAAGAAGGAGGUAACCGCGGUGCUGGUCGCCCGGAAGGAGUCGUGCUGCCGCCCCGUCAGGCUCUCUGGCUGCCGCAGCCAUACAACGAGCAGGAGGCGGGUUUCUCGGAGUCCCCGCACCUUGUUAUUGGUCGCAACCAGACCGUUGUAUAACGUACGCACAAUUCCGGGCACAUUGUGUCUGAAAAAAAUGCGCAAAUAAAGAUAAUGGAGGCGGACUUGGAUCUCUAACGCUGCUGUUACCAACAGGGCACAACACGCAGCCGUGUAGCAACCGUCGUGAGGGGUUGUUUUCUCAUUGACUCACAGUCCUGGAAGAAGAAGAAGAGACAUCUCCUGACGGUGUUUCUCCAGGAAAUACCAGAGCAGUCUUCAAGGAGGACAGUCUCCGUGUGUUGACAAAGAAAGCGGACAUUUGGAAGUGAUUUAAAACGCAGAGCAUGUAGCUGAUAAGCCACAAAAGGAGUCGGAGGUGAAGCACGCAGGAGCAACACUGAUCUGGCAGCCAGGAUUGAUGUCUUUCAAGAUUUAGACGCCAGCAGACGUCUAACACUAGAUUUCCAUUCAGAUGUAACCCACAUCAUCCUGGAUAUUCCUAAUCCUUGUGUGUCCAAGAAAAGGAUUGGGCAAAACAAGCCCUAGCUUCCAAUCCUUGCAGAGAAUGGCUCAUGGGUGGGAUUCAUACUUCCAUAACCUUCCACCGCUAUCAUCAGAUCCAAGCACUUUGAGGAGGACAUCAGAGUCGGAGCAUAUAGAGAACUUCAUUGGACAUGACUUCCCCAGCACAGUGGCUUCUCACGAAGCCCCUGCAACAAACUCAAACCUCAACACGAACUAUUACUCAAAUCCCAGUUUGGAAAAUCCCAGUUCAGACUGUCUUUAUCAAAGAUACUGCAACGAAACGCCAUGGCAAGCUGAUGGAGAACAAAUGGAAAAAGAUUACUUGCCAAGAUGUGGAAAUAAUGAUAUCUCAGAUUUUGCCACAGAUGGAUUAUCAACAUCAGAAUCUUUUCCUUCAUCUUUUCCAACAGAUUUACAAGAACUUAAGCAAGACUGUGGAAUGCUAGCUACAUCAUUUCUUGAGGACUACUCGGAUGUCAGUAGCUGCUCUGAUGCAGAUGUGGGGGAAACAAGGCCCUCUUGUAAAUUCAUGGCAAGUAAUUCAGUUCCAAAACCUAAAACUGAUGUUGCUACAAAACCCAGCUCAUCAGAAUGGCUUUUUACUGAUACUGGAAAUAUGAUGGUUCCGACUGAGAGUCUGUGCCCUAAUAUGUUAAAGGCUAAUGAAAUUUUGCCAAGUACAUCAAAUGUGAUGGCAGUAGAAAACACAGUUGAAUGUGCACAAAACAAGACGAAAAGUCGAGGAAAGAAUGUGAAAUCUCACACGGGACACAAUCAUACCUCUACUACUUCUUACAGGGUGACUACUACAGGAAGCGAGACUGUAGAGGAUAGAAAUGAUGAUGAUGGCUGUCUAGAUCAGAAACAAAAGGAGGAUGCAGAGAGAGAUCUCACUCAAGGAAAAAAUUCAAACAUCUCAAUGAGUGGCCAUGAAAACGUAACUGCUGAUGGAAUAGAGUGCCCGGAUGGCAAUGAGGAUGAGCGGACUGCUGCAACUGCUCAAAAUAUCAUGACUACAUUGGACAAUGAGCAAGAUCACUCAGGUGAAAAAGUCCUACGAAAGGAAGUUAAGGAAUCAGUCGACCAAGGAAAUGAUAAUCCCAACUCCCCAGAUGGUCAAAAUAGAAAUAUGACAGAGGACAAGCAGGACAAAAGUGAAGUCCUAAAACGGGAAAGAAGAGAAUCAAGUUCAUUAGAAAAAGAGACUUUUGAUGAGCAGACAUCCACAAAUCCCAACUCCACUGAUGGUCAAGAGGAAAAUGUGGAAACCAACUGUCAGGAGAAAGAAAUUCAGUCAUAUACCUCUCAAUCUUCGGUUCCACCGGGUAUCAAAGUGUCUGAUUCUAAGGAUGCCACUGAUGAGCUUGGGGAAUGCACAAGUACCUCAAAAAGUAACAGUAAUGAUGUUGAAUCCUGUUUGCGGUCAUCUGAGCACCAGUCUUGCGAAAGUGUCGCUCAGGACAAUAGUUGUCAGAGCCCUGCUGUGAUGAGUGAUGGUCAUUUGAGCAAUGCCAAUGACAAGAAUCAGUUAAAUUUUGCAAGUCAUUCAGAAUCCUGCUUACAGCCAAAUAGCUCCAGCACAGACGUAAAUCCCUGUAUAGAAAAAGAAUGUACAAGUGCAGCAGAGAAGACAAAUACCACUUCUUCUCCAGAUCCAAAUUGUAAUGGUCCUGGUGUCACUAGUGACAGUCCUCCUAUUGAUACUAGUGACAAGAACGAGCAAGGUGAUGCUAGCCAUGUCGAAUCCUACUUGCAGCCAAACAGCUCAAGCACAGAUGUAAAUUCCUGUCUAAAAAAGGAAUGGACAAGUCUACCAGUGAAGAAAGCCACAACCUCCUCUACAGAGCCAGAUUGUAGAGAUCCGGCUGUGACUGGUGUCAAUAAGGAGCAAAGUGUUUCUAAUGGUUUAGAAUUGGGUUCACAGUCAAGCACCUCGAGCACCGACGUAAAUCCCUGUCUUGAAAAGGAAUGGACAAGUCCAGCAGAGAAUACAAAUGAAACCUCUUCUCCAGAUCAGCAACAGCCCCUCCAUCAAAGUCCAGUGGCCCUCGAUCCUGGAAUUCUUAAUAGAGAUGAUGCUAAAAAUGCAAGAGAGUCGUCUGAAGAGUUGGACACAUCUGCAGAGAAGCCGUCCAUGCUUGGCGUGCUCUAUGGUGAACCUCUGUCAAGAGAAGAUUCUUCAUGUGAUGCUGAUGAAACAAAACUUGACACUUCUUUGGCCAGACCUGAGAGUAACAGUAUGAACUAUUCAGAAGGACAAGCACCUCAGCUCAAAUCAUCUACACAAAUGAGAAAACGUUUGCAGCCUGUUGUAGUAUUGAAGACCUCAGAGUCAAUAAAUGGAACAACUAACUCUUAUCAUUGCACAGAUUGCCAACACACAACCCACAAUGUUGAUCAUCUUAUUGAACACCACCAUCGUUGCCAUUCAGUGCACAAUUUCCAGUUUUGCAAGACUUGUAAUCUCUACCAGAUGGGGACUGAAAAAGCAGAAACACAUGUGUGUUGUGUAACCAAAGAUAGCCCUCGGCUCUCUUCUGAUUCCAGCCCAAGGAAGAAAAGAAAAUAUCACCGCGGCCGCAGGUGCCCUAGGUGUGGACUCAUAUUUGCAAGACUAACUCAAUAUAUCACGCAUGUACGUACUCACACUGGCCAAACACCCUAUAAAUGUAAUGGAUGUGGAUUGUAUUUUGCACAGUCUAGUAGUUUGCGAAGACACAAGAGUGUACCUGGUAGAUGUAAGCAAACAAAACGUCCACUUACAAAUCCUGAUGCCGUUAUCAAAGAAACAAAAGCACCACCACAAAAGGACCUUGUAUGGAACAAACCAUAUCCAAAUCUGCCCCAAUGUUACGUAAAGCUUGUUGACAUCGUUAAAACUCAUCCGUGUAAUAUAUGUGGUAAAAGCUUCUCAACUGAAACCAAGGCUAAAAAGCACUUCUACAACACACACAAGGGAAAGAGCCACAAAUCAACCACAAAACACGGUGGUGAGAAAACCCCAAAAAUGGAGAAUGAGACAACCACAAAAUAUAAAUGUCCUAUCUGUCCACGGCUUUUCAAGUACUCCUACAACAGGGCUCGCCAUUUGCGUGACUGUGUCAGAAAUUCAGUGUGUGGUGGCAAGGACAAAGUUUCUGGUAAAUAUCGGUGUCCCUUGUGCAAUGUCAAGUUCACUUUACCAGGCAACCGAUUUAGACAUAUCAAAGCAUUUUGCCUCAGAGAAUGUGUUAAUCGGCUUGCAAAAGAGGGGGCAAAUGCAAAGGGACAUGUUAAACAGAAACAAACAAAGGAAACUGAGCAGAAAACACAGACAAAGAAAGAUGAACAGAAAAAACAAACACCCCAAGCUUUAACAGCCCUCAAGUUCGUACCACUUUACAAAUGCAAUCUUUGUCCAGCAGUUUUUGGACAUGCUUCUGGAAAGUACAGACAUAUGAAAAAACAUGAGCUGUUUAAACUCACUGGCAAAAUGUUCAAGUACAGGAAUUCAGUUUUCUCUACCUUGUCUAAACCAGCAACUUCAAGUAGUACAAAGACUAAAGACAGCAAGCAUAACUCAGAACCAACUGAAGCAAAUGGCAGUCUUGCCCUGAGCUGUAACUUUUGUGGAAGAUGUUUCAACACGCCACAGUCACUGAAGAAACAUGUGCGCAAUCACCGAGGUGAAAAACCGUACCGCUGUCUGGACUGUGGAAAAAGAUUCAAGAAACGUGCCUAUCUGAUUGGCCAUAGAAGCGUUCACCAGAGGAGGAUACAGUGCACUGUCUGCAGAAAGAUUCUUCCAACCAUUGGAGAACUGAUCCAGCACAGAAGCACACAUCUUAAAAGGGGAAUGCUUCGAUGCCCAGACUGUCCCCUGCAGUUCCAGUAUCCUGCACAUCUCCUUAGGCAUCUAGACGCCCACAAAAAAAGAGAAAACAAGACCAAGUCACAAGACGCAAGUCAGCCUGAAGAGAUACCACCAUUAAAACCACAGCCGUCCUUGGAAUCUGUGAAAGAGCAGAGUGGACCAAAGAAGCUACAGUGUUCCUUAUGCAAAGAGGUAUUUAAUGAUGCCCAAGUACUAAGAAAACAUUGUCUUACACAUAUAUCUGGGUCCUCGUCAAACCAGUGUCCAUUUUGCAAACAUAAUUUCAAUAAUCGCCGCUAUUUGCUGCGCCACAUGGUCAAACAUACUGGAGACAAACCUUUGUCCUGCACCAACUGUGGAAGACAGUUUUACCGCUACUUGUACCUUAAACUUCACAGUGAGAAGUGUUUACCUGCUCAAAGCAGACACCCUGUCACAACGGAGUCCGACACUAAGGCAAAGGGGUCACAUCAGUGUUCCUAUUGUCCACGGACGUUUAGUAAGAAGAUCCGCCUGAAAAAUCAUCACCAUGGCCACAAGGCAAACACUCUGCUUCUAUGCUCAAGAUGUGGGCAGUACUUUGGAUCUACAAAAUUAAAUCAUCAUCAGAAGAAGAACUGCACAGGGAGUACAGUGCUCAACACUGAGUUAUCAUCUCCUAAUGGCGAUGUCUGUAAAAGCACUUCACAGACAAGACAAGAUGUUCGUACAAUGCCUGUAAAGUCAAAAGCAACCGAGAUGCUUCACUUUAAAUGCCCUCACUGUAGAAAGAGGUUCAGGUACAGAUCGAUACUCCUGAGACAUAUUGUUUCACACACUGGUGUGCAACCCUAUGCAUGUAUGUACUGUGGACACUGUUAUGGAAGUCAGACGAUGUGUUUGCAGCACGAAGCUUUCUGUGAUGGUGUUAACGAAGAGGGGCAGUCAAAAGUCAAAGAUGCUUCUGCAACUCAAUCAUCAAAGAUGCCUUCUCUCAGAGAGGGAGCACAAAAGCCCCGAGCAGAAGGUGAAGCACAGCUCAAGUGCAAAUUCUGCACCAAAACUUUCAUGAAGUCACGAAGCCUGCGGCGUCACAUUUUGACACAUAACGAAGUGAAUCCUUAUCGCUGUAAAGCCUGUGACAGCUGCUUUUCAAGGUAUGAUCACCUGAAAGUACACCAGGGUCGCUGUAAAGGGAAAAAAACGCGAUUGCAAGUCUGCAUACCCAAAAUCAGUUUAGAUUAUGUUGGCACGGGUUGGCAAAAUAAGAUUGGUAUGGAUCCUACUGAAAAGCAGGAGACAUUGGAGUGCAAAGUCUGUUCAAGGAGCUUUUCAACUCAGUCCAAACUUUCCCGUCAUAACACUAUGUUCCAUAUUGCAAAAUUAUUCAAUUGCACACGCUGUGGCUCGUCAUUCGCUCAUGAAAAAUCAAUGAAAAAGCAUAGGAGGAUGGUUAAGUGCAGAAAGCUCUUCAGAGAACCAAAUGCUUCUCCAUCACUGGAAACUAAUCAACCAACAGAACAUGUGACAAACUCGCUUAAAGGGGUGAGAAGUACUAUUAUACAGCGAAUCCAGCCUUAUUUAAACAAAAAGUACAAAUACACAUGUAGCUUUUGCCCCCGUGCUUUCCAGAACACCUGGCAACUGAACGUGCACACCCGCCUGCACACAGGAGAGCGGCCAUAUGCCUGUGAUGAUUGUGGUCUGAAAUUUAUAAGGAAGGAUUAUGUGCUGCGUCAUGCCGCAAAGUGCACCAAAAAAAGAUGCAUUUCAACACCAAGAUCAUCAGAGUCCACAGUUUGCCAAAGCCAACAGUCAGCCUCUAAAAGCCCACCAAAAGGCUUUUCUUGUGCAUAUUGUAGUUCCCGUUUCUUGCUAUUUUCACAGCUUCAAGAGCAUUUUUUAAAUGCACACAAGCUGGAAACAAAAGUUCCCCCAAUGUCCACUGCUCCCCUACAGCACCAUCUGUCAAAUAUACCAAACAUCAAAAAAGAGCCUUUGGAUGACAGUUGUGACAAACAGCUUAGUGAUGGUGCAAAUUUAAUCUGUAAAUUAGAUACAGCUCUUGACAGUGAGGUCCCCAAUCCAUUUCCCUGCCCAGAGUGCAAUAUGUCCUUUACAAAUAAAGCUGGACUAACUGGUCAUCUGCGUAUACACACAAUGGAGCAUCCUUAUAGUUGUAAGACAUGCAAGAAGGGCUUCUGGAAUAAAAGUCUUCUCCGUAAUCACAGCAGGAAAUGCAGACGCAUUUCACAGAAAAGCCAAGCAGAACAGUUGGAGGUCCCUCUGAAAGCAGAGAUUGAUUUUGUGCUUAAUGACUCUGUUCUGGUAUUCAAAGAAGCCUCCGAAUCAACUGGCACUGGGGUUUUGCAGACCAACUUCUCCUGCAAAGAUGACUUGAUGGAUGAAUCCCCAGAAAAUUCAGAAGGAAAUCAGGUGCAGAGCAGCUCAAGUAAAGAGAAAAAAGCUGUGCAGUACCAAUGUUCAGAAUGUGAUAAGAGCUUCACAGAUGGCUUAUUGCUCAUUAGUCACCUUGAAGACCAUGGAAGACAAGAACAAGCGAAAAAGCGCAAUGCAUGUCUAAAGUGUGGGCAGGUGUUCGCUAGUGCAGGAAAUCUUACAAGACACAUGAAGAUACAUGUAACUGAUAAGAAAUACCCUUGCCCUGACUGCUCCAAGCUUAUUGAUACCAUAUCUGAUCUCGAAAUCCACAGAACAUGUCAUGACCCAAAUAGGCCUUUUACUUGCAAACUGUGUAAUCAAAGGUUUUGGACAAGACCAUCUUUAUGUAAUCAUUACAAAGAAGAACAUCCAGAUGAUGUGUUUACUUGUCGUUUCUGUAACAAGGCCUAUUCAGUCAAAAAGUCACUAGCAAGACAUUAUAGAAGAUGGCAUAAAAAAGAACAGAAGAAUGUUGGCAAAACUAUACAGGAGAAAAGCAGCGCUGAACAGCAAUCCAGCAGUCAAGUCAGUACAACUGGUGAAAGCGAUGAGGAUGAAAAUGCCGGCAGUGAGGACAGCGACUCGGACUCCGCGCCGUACUUCCCAUGCCACGUAUGUGGCAAGACAUUCCCAACAUCGGAAAGCCUCGAGGACCAUCAGCGUUGUCACCUGGGUGAAAAACCACACGAAUGUGCAGAAUGUGGUAGAUGCUUUUUCCAUGCAUCCCAGUUGCAGCAGCAUCAACGAAUGCACAAGUCUGAAUUUCAGUGUCAGGCAUGCGGCAUUGGUUUUGUCUCACUCUUUGCACUGCGUAAACACAAGCAUACUCAUGGAAAGAGCCGUCCGUUCCGUUGUUCCAAGUGUGAUUUCAGUUUCACAGGACCCUUGCAGUUGGCAGAGCACAUGUCUACCCAUCGCGAAGAGAACUUCCCCUGUGACAUAUGCAAUCGUGUGUUUCUCUCCAAGAGUAGUAGAGCUGAUCAUCGGAAAAGCCACUCUAAGUCAGGUGACCUCCCCCCGCCUUUGAUUUCAAAAGAAGAACAUGAGAAGCCUGCUACCCUCUCUGAAAGCUCAUCAGUAUCUCCCAAAGAACUUAAAUAUCGUUGCGGUGUUUGUGGGGAGCGUUUCGUAGACCCAGAGCAGCUCUCGGAGCAUGGCUGCAUGGCAGCCAAAGAGCGACCAUACUCCUGUUCAGACUGCGAUAAACAUUUUCUGCAUGCAUCUCACCUGAAAAAGCACACGGCCACUCAUCAACUAUCUUUGUCUAAUAUUGAAUAUCCAUGCAAUCAAUGCAGCAAUAGUUUUUCCACCUCUCAGCGCUUCCUCAGCCAUCUGAAGAACCAUGAUGAUACUGCGGCAGAAGUUAAAUAUACCACUGACGGUACACGUGGUUUCAUAUGUCCAGUUUGCAAUCGGUGUUUUGCCAGUGCCACUGGGUUGAUUUGUCAUUUUCCCACGCAUUCUGACAGUACCUUUGAAUGCAAAACUUGUAAAAUGACAUUCCCCUCUAGAAGUAAGCUAGAAGAACACGAGUGCCAUCUUGUGAAAUCAGCUACUGAAUUUGAAUGCACAGAGUGCGGCCAGAGCUUUUUGGGAAGCGACGUUUUCCGCCAACACCACUGUUCCCAUCAACAACAAUCAACAGCGAAAGCCGAACACUCAAAUCCAUCAGCCAAGACAUCCCCUCCAGCUUCUUAUCAAGCAGCAGGAGAGGACGAGGAGAUCGACGUCACCGGAGAGGACUUGUUCAAUUGCCCCAUUUGCUCAAUGCAGUUCUCCUCAAAAAGUGGCCUUUUGGAGCAUCAAAACAAACAACAUCGAAAUGAGAAGCCAUUCGAAUGCCAGCAAUGUGGAAAUAGGUUUGCCAAGAGGCGGUACCUCAAAGAGCACGAGCGAAGGCAUCGUCAAAAAAACGCGGCUCAAUCAGCCGAAAGCAAGAUCAAAUGUACCCAGUGCAACGCCGAAUUUAAUACAGCACGAGAGCUGUCAUCGCAUAUGAGAUUACACGCUGAAAAAGAAGUUGGAAAGUUCCGCUGUGAUAUGUGCUACAAGUCGUUCAGCCAGUGGUCUCAUCUGAAGCAGCACCAAGAAAGUCAUGUUGGCCAAGUUGUAUAUGAAUGCACAGAGUGUGACAAAGCGUUCGCUUUCCCUCACCUACUGGAGGAACAUCAACAGACUCAUGCUGGGUCCUCUCAGUAACAGUUGUUGAAUACCAUCUACCUUAUCUUCCCUUUGAAUAUCUAGCUAAAGUAACUUGAAAUCCCUUUCAUGCCUUACAUCUGACUCUUUACCUCCACUUGUUAUCACAAUUUAGAUCCAAUUUGUAUUUUUGGCCCUUGUUACAUACUAACAAUGAUCUUGGCUCAUGUCACUAUGAUGGAGCAUCUUCUCCUGCGUUUCUAUUUACAUUGUAUAUAUUUUUUGUUCGAAUACGGGAUUUGUAUACAGUAAAUUAGCAACAUAGUUUCUUGACAGUGUUUGUAAAUCUAUGACAAAAUUGUGUAAAGCUGUUUAACAUUCUGUGUGAGGAAUACAGGCGAUGCAUGAUGGGAUAAAAUGUUUAUGAAAAGUCUAGGAUAAAGGCUGACAUUUUUUUUAUCAAACAUGAUCACCUUUUAUGUUUGACAUUUAUUUUGAAAUAGCGUUUAGUCAGUUUUGUUGAUAAAAUGUAAGAUAAACUGGUCAUUUUAAUCGAAUGGUAUUUUCUAUGACUUCAUGUAUUAUAGAUAAUUUUGUAAUUUUCAGUUUAACAUUUCCCUGUAUUUAUCAUGGGUUGCAUUUUUUUCAUGUUGCUAGUUUUGCAAGUUGCAAGUUAGUUUUGCAAAUUAUUGUACAUGCAUUCGAAAAUAUGUUCUAAUUGAAUAUUCUUUUCACAACCCGAGGAUGUUACUUUCAUAAGAAAUUUGAGUUGAUGCAUUCAAUUAAGGAGUAAAGUCAACUCGAAAAUCUA